AAGAGUAAGGUAAAGCUCUUCCUAAAACCUUGAAAAUCCCCAAGCCCUCUUGUCUCUGUCAAUAACUCCUCUCUCUCUUUCUCUCUCCUCCCUCCCUCUAAACCCCUCAAUCCCCGAUUUCACAAGCGCCAUGUCUGAACCAGUGAAGCUUUUAGUGCACGUGUCUCGGACGACGUCGCGGGACAUCUGAAUUGCCCUAUGUUUGCUCGCAUUGGCUGACCGUCGUCUUCUCGCCGGUGAUCUGGGUUGGGUUCUUUUUUUGCUGGUGAGUUUGUGUAAUCAAAUUCAAGGGAGGUUGUGUGCGUGUGCGUGUUUGGUUUGGCUUGGUUGAAGUUAUUUUGAAACAAAACUGAAACUGGAUUUUCGGGGAUUUGGUGUUUGGUUGGGUUUGUAAGAGAUGAAGGAGGGCUUGAGAUCUGGCAAGUUGAAGGUUGAUAAAGAUAAGCUAGGUGUUGAAAAGAGAGGGGAUGAGCUGAAGCAAGGUGGCUCUGAUUCAGGCGGUGAGAACAGUCCACAUUUGGUUUCGAGCUGUCCCGAGGAACCUGAGAGAGAAAUUCUGGGUGAUAAAGCGAAGAAAAGCGAUGAGUUGGGCAGUGAGGAAUGUGGGGAAGAUGGUGAUACAGGUGAGAGUAAAAAUGUGGGAGCAGCUGAGAUUGGGAAGAAGCAAAUUGAUGAUGAUGGUCUCGAGAAAAAGAAGGUGAAGGAAAAAGAGGUGAAUGGUAAAGUGCAAAUUGUUCGUCGGGUUUUGCGGUCACAGUCUGCUGUGAAUGGAGGGUGUGAUAAGGCAGUAAGUGGUGGUGCCCUGGUUACAAAAAGUAGAGAAAGUGGUGGGUUUCACAACCAAUGUACUGAUGUAAAAAAUGAAGGGGUUCAUCAGUUGGGCAGUGAGGAAUGUGGAGAAGAUGGUGAUACAGGUGGGAUUAAAAAUGUGGGAGCAGCUGAGAUUGGGAAGAAGCAAAUUGAUGAUGAUGGUCUUGAGAAAAAGAAGGUGAAGGAAAAAGAGGUGGAUGGUAAAGUACAAAUUGUUCGUCGGGUUUUGCGGUCACAGUCUGUGGUGAAUGAAGGGUGUGAUAAGGCAGUAAGUGAUGGUGCUCUGAUUACAAAAAAUAGCGAAAGUGGUGGGUCGCACAACCAAAGUACUGAAGUAAAAAAUGAAGGGGUUCAUCAGUUGGGCGAGAGUGAAAAUGUGGGAGUAGGUGAGAUCAGGAAGAAGAGGAGGCGGGUUGAUGAUGGCCAAGAUAUUGAUGAUGAUGGUAUUGAGAGAAAAAAGAUGAAGGAAGAAAGGAUAGCUGGACGGGCUCUGCGGUCACGGUUUGUGGAAUAUCGUGGGUGUGAUAAGGCAGAGAGUGUUGGGAAAAGUAGAGCGAGUUAUGUGUCUCGUGAGAAAUGUACUGAGGUGAAAAAUGAAGAGGGUGGUCAGUUGGUUGGAGGGUUUACAAAGAAGUUGAAAGGCAAGCGUGGGAGGCCACCCAAAGUGCCCAAGGUGGAAAAGGAAGAAAGUGACAGGUCAGCUGGUGGAUUAAAGAAGCAGAAGAAGUUGAAACGUAAGCGCGGGAGACCUCGGAAGGCAGAAAGGGAAGAGAGUGGUCUGGUGGUUGGUCGGUUGAGAAAGAAGUUAAAAUCCGAGCAAGGGAGACCACUUAAGGUGCAGGAGUCUAAUGUGGCUUUGAAAGGAAAGCUUGAUAAGGGGAAAAAAAUGAAAGCGAAAAUUACAACUAAUGGUUCAAAUCUGGAAAGGAGGAUUAUUGGGAAAGUGUUGGAUGUGAAGACCUUUUCUCCAGAUAAAAGGGAUAAAAAAGAAAAAGAUUUGGGGAAUGAGGAUGGAGAAGGAAACAAAGAAUGUGAACAGAAAAGAAAGGGAAAUAAAGAACAGAAAAAUGAGCAGAAGGAUCAAGAUGGAGAACUCGCCAGAAGUAGGCAAAAACAGUUAGUGAGAGAUAAAAUGGUCGAACUAAUUCUGCGUGCAGGUUGGACGAUUGACUAUAGGCCUAGGAAUGGCAAAGAAUACAAGGAUGCAGUGUAUGUAAGUCCAGCAGGAAGGACUCACUGGUCAGUCACCAAGGCUUACAAAGCUCUUAAAAAUCAUUGUGAAAAUGGUGAAGGUAAUUCUGAGGGUUGUAAGGCUGGCUUCAAGUUUACUCCGAUACCACCUGAGGAAGUCAACAAACUACAAAGGAUAGUUGUUAAGAAAAGGGAGGGGAAGAAGAAGGCAAAGCAGAAGGGAAAAGAUGGAAGGGAGGGUGGAAUUAAUGAAAAGAAGGGGGGAAAGGGUGGGAGUAGAGGGGAUGGACUUAUUGAAGAGAAAAAGAAAAAAAAAAGGGGUAAGUCACUGAAAGGGAAACGUUUGCUUAUUGAUCAGGAUGAUUCAGCAAGUAGAGCAUGCAAGGGGAGGUUAAGUUUGGUCAAGGAUCAUGAGCAACAUAAGACGAAAAAUAGAAAGCGAUGUGCUUUGUUGGUUCGCAACUCUGAGAAUGCAGAUUCAGAAAAUGAUGGCUACAUACCAUAUGAUGGGAAAAGAACAGUACUUGCCUGGAUGAUUGAUUUGGGAACCCUAUCACUUAAUUCGAAAGUGAAGUACAUGAACAUGAGGAAGACACAGGUGCUUCUUGAGGGUAGAAUUACAAGAGAUGGAGUUCAUUGUGGUUGCUGUAGAGAAACAAUUUCGCUUUCGAAAUUUGUAACUCAUGCCAAAAGUGAUUACUCUGAGCCAUUUAAACAUGUAUAUCUAGACUCUGGGUCUUCCCUUUUGCAAUGCCUGCUAGACUCAUGGAAUAAACAGGAUGAAUAUGACCGUCGUGGAUUCCACUUCGUAGAUGUUAACAGGGAAGACCCAAAUGAUGAUACUUGUGGAAUCUGCGGAGAUGGUGGGGACUUGAUCUGUUGUGAUGGUUGUCCAUCAACAUUCCACCAAAGUUGUUUAGAGAUAAAAAAGUUCCCUUCGGGUGAGUGGCAUUGUGUAUAUUGUUCGUGCAAAUUUUGUGGGAUGUUUUGCGGAAACACAUGCCAAAGGGAUGGCGAUGAAAAUAUUGCCGCAUCAGCAUUAAUUACUUGCCAUCUGUGCGAGGAAAAAUAUCACCGAUCCUGUAUUCAGGCAAAGGAUGCUGUAAAUGAUGAUUCCCGUGGACUAUCCUUCUGUGGGAGGAAUUGUCAAGAGUUAUUUGAGAGUCUGCAGAAGCUUCUUGGUGUAAGACGUGAAAUAGAAGGAGGAUUUUCAUUGACUCUUAUUCGCAGAUCUGAUAUCGGCUCAGAUGUUUCUAUUUGCGAUACACCACAGGAGGAAGGUUGUGAUUCAAAGCUGAUUGAAUGCAAUUCCAAGCUGGCUGUUGCAUUUUUAAUAAUGGAUGAGUGUUUUUUGCCUAUGGUUGACCACAGAAGUGGAGUCAAUCUGAUUCAUAAUAUUCUGUAUAAUCGUGGGUCAAAUUUUAGCAGACUGAAUUAUGGUGGAUUCGUCACUGCAAUUCUGGAGAGAGGUGAUGAGAUCAUAUCAGCAGCAUCCAUCCGGAUCCAUGGGAACUAUUUAGCAGAGAUGCCAUUUAUUGGGACCCGCUAUAUGUAUAGGCGUCAAGGAAUGUGCCGUCGGCUUCUUACUGCAAUUGAAUCUGCUCUCUGCUCUUUGAACGUUGACAAAUUGGUCAUACCUGCAAUCUCGGAACUUAGGGGAACAUGGACUUCUGUUUUUGGUUUUAAGCCCCUUGAAGAAUCAGGCAAGCAGAAGAUGAAGAACAUGAAAAUAUUGGUUUUCCCUGGUGUAGAUAUUUUACAGAAACCAUUGUUGAAGCAGUUAUCAGAAGCAAGUAUGAUUCCUCUGGAAGGUUUGGGGUCCACUGAACUUGAGCAUCAGCAAACUGGGCAGGAGGUGUUAUUUUAUACUAAUGAGAAGCUUUUGGCUGGGUCUGGCAGUGAAGCAACUGCACCCUGUGGAAAUGAAUUCCAGAGUUCUGCUUCAGUUCCUGAUGUAAGGGCAGUGGAAGUGGACACCCAACAGAACCAUAAUAUCGCGCCUGAAAUGGAAAGCAAAUCUUGCACGUUACAUCAUGUUGAUUUUGAAGCCCCUGAUGCUGGUAUAAAGAUCCUUUCUGCUUCCGGGGAGGGCACUGAAAAUAUCGACUGUGAGGUGAGCAUAGAAGCUGUCACUAUUAAAAACCUCACUUCUCAUGAUGAAGGAUCUAUUUGCCGCUCUACUGAAAGUAACGCCACUGAGCUGCAGGCAUCUCAGGAUGCCAAGGACCUUAAACAUCAUGGUUCUCAACAUUUGCAGGUCAAAGGAUCUACUUUUUGUCCGAAUGGAAAGAUGUUUGAGACUUGUGAAGCGGAAUAUAACCAUCCUGCUACUGAGCAUACACCUACAGUGACAGUUGAGGAAACUAGGAAGGUCUCCUGUGAUGUAUUUCACCUGACUUCCAUAUUGGCACACCAAAAAGCAGAUGAUUUUGAAGGUCAUUGUACGUUAAAUUCUCAUCAUUCAUGUGGGGCAACUCUUCAAAGUAAUGGAAUUACCAAGUCCCCUGAUGUCAUUGAUGUGGAUUUAACUCCCAAUGGGUCUCCGACGGACACAAAAUCCAUAAAGCACUCUGAGUUUGAUUCUUGGGUUGAUAAUACAAGUGCUGCGGCAAAUCUUCAAAAUAAUGGAAUUACCAAGCCCCCUGAUGUCACUGAUGUGGAUUUAACUCCCAACGGAUCUCCGACGGACACAAAAUCCUUAAAGCAAUCUGAAUUUGAUUCUCGGGUUGAUAAUACAAGUGCUGGGGCAAAUCUUCACAGUAAUGGAAUUACCAAGUCCCCUGAUGUCACUGAUGUAGUUUUAAUUCCCAACGGGUCUCCGACGGACACAAAAUCCUUAAAGCAAUCUGAGUUUGAUUCUUGGGUUGAUAAUAUAAGUGCUGGGGCAAAUCUUCAAAGUAAUGGAAUUACCAAGUCCCCUGAUGUCACUGAUGUGGAUUUUACUCCCAACGGGUCUCUAAUGGACACCAAAUCCUUAAAGCAAUCUGAAUUUGAUUCUCGGGUUGAUAAUACAAGUGCUGGGGCAAAUCUUCAAAGUAAUGGAAUUACCAAGUCCCCUGAUGUCACUGAUGUGGAUUUAACUCCCAACGGGUCUCCAUCCUUAAAGCCAUCUGAGUUUGAUUCUCGGGUUGAUAAUACAAGUGAUGCACAGUGUGACCCAAGCAAUACUUCUGUGGUGGCUCUUCACUGUGGAUCUAGUGGAGGUAACUCAGCUGGUACUUCUGAGGUGAUAAUUGUAUCAAACCCGGCUAGUUGAUCUUGUUUUGAUGUACAUUGACAGUAAGUAGUGUAAGCAAGAGGCUUUUGGUAGCAAUCUACGACAGAAGAGUACUACUUGUAGUAGUAUUUUGGCAAGGGUUGAUAAACCGAUUUUCUCAUCUUAUAGAAAGCAAAUACAGUUUUUGGUUCCAUGAUUUUUAGUUAGGCGGUAGAGCUUGAAGCAGCUGGUCGAGGAGCCAAGCUUGUUCCAUUGUUGGGAGUAAAUAUGUAAACUUUUUUUUUUUUUUCCUUCUUUCAAGUACAGUUAGGAAGAUCACCAAGCCGUAGCAUUUUAUAGCUUAGCACAAUGGAAGAUUUAGAUGCUGCCUUGGAGGGUUGUAUAUUUUUUGCCCCUCUGGUGCUCGUUGUAUAUGAUAGAUCCAUUGCUUAACCAUGAAAACAGCGUUUCAUUUUGGUGCUCAUUGAUCGUUUGCCA